AGGCCCCGCACGCACGCACUAGUAGCCUACGCAGCAAGCCUGUCACUCGCUACUAGUACUAGCAUCCAUGGGUCGAUCAUAAACAAGAGAGUCUGACUGUCAUGUUCCGGUGUCAUUGGAGCCCCUGGACUGAACUUGACAUUUGAGCAUAAAUAGAUAUCAUAACUUUUUCAGUGGAGUGCUUCGAUUCCAAACAGCAUCUCUGAUACAUAGGUUAUUUCCUGUUUCUCAGGUGGGAGAGUCAUGCGUAGCUGUGUGAGGAGUUCCAGGGCUCUGUCCCCUACCCUGCUCCCCCAGCUGCUGCUGUCCCAUACUGGGUGCUGGGGGACCAGCACGGGGCAUCGGGGUAUCUGGUGCUCUCCCCGGAAGCUGGCUACCCCGAGGGAGACCCAGGUCCUGCUGCCCCUGCCUAGCCAGGCCAGAGUGGUCAUCUGUGGAGGGGGCAUCGUGGGGACUUCUGUGGCUUAUCACUUAGCAAAGAUGGGCUGGACGGAGAUAGUGCUGCUGGAGCAGGGCAGACUUGGUGCUGGCACAACUCGCCUGUGUGCUGGGAUUGUCAGUGUGGCAAAAGCAAUCUCCAUCGAGUGUAAGAUGGCUGACUACUCCAACGCUCUGUAUGAAAAACUAGAGGAGGAGACUGGGGUGAAGACUGGUUACGUAAGGACUGGCUCCCUGUGUCUGGCCCAGAAUCAGGAUCGUUUCCUCUCUCUGAAGCGCUUAGCGUCCAGGCUUAAGGUCAUGGGGAUCAGCUGUAACGUCAUCAAGCCCAAAGAAGUGGCUAAGCUCCACCCCCUGGUAAACAUUCAUGACCUGGUUGGAGCGCUGCAUCUUCCAGGGGACGCUGUGGUCUCACCGCCAGACGUCAAUCACGCACUCGCCGUGGCGGCCGCCAGCCACGGUGUACAGAUCUACGAUCGCACCAGUGUGCAGCAGGUGUUGGUGGAGAAGGGUCACGUGACAUCGGUACAGACUGACAGAGGGUCCAUAGAGUGCGAGUACUUUGUUAACUGUGCAGGCCAGUGGGCCUAUGAGCUUGGCCAGGCCAGUGAGACCAAGGUGUCAGUGCCUUUGCAUGGCUGUGAGCACUUCUACCUUCUCACCAAGCCUCUGAAGGUGCCCCUGCAACCCAGCACCCCAGUGGUGAUGGACAUGGACGGGAGGAUCUACGCUCGACCCUGGCAGGGGGGGAUACUGUCUGGGGGCUUUGAAAAGAACCCCAAACCCAUCUUCACAGAGGGCAGGAACCAGCUGGAGAUCCAGAACAUGCAGGAGGACUGGGACCACUUUGAGCCGAUGCUGAGCGCCCUGCUGAGGCGCAUGCCCGACUUGGAGUCGGUUGAGAUCCAUCAGCUGGUCAACUGCCCCGAGUCGUUUACCCCGGACAUGCGGUGCCUGAUGGGUGAGACCCCGGGCUUGCACGGCUACUACGUCCUGGCUGGGAUGAACUCUUCUGGACUGGCCUUCGCCGGGGGAGCUGGGAAGUAUUUGGCGGAGUGGAUGACCUACGGCUAUCCUACAGCCAACGUCUGGCCGCUGGACAUCAAACGCUUUGGCAACCUGCAGAGCAGUCGCACCUUCCUACGUCACCGGGUCAUGGAGGUCAUGCCCCUGCUGUACGAGCUGAAGGUCCCUCGCUGGGACUUCCAGACAGGCCGGCAGCUGCGGACCAGCCCCUUGUACGACCGGCUGGACACCCAGGGCGCUCGCUGGAUGGAGAAGCACGGCUUUGAGAGGGCCAAGUACUUUGUACCUGCUGGGAAAGACCUUCUGUCGUUGGACCAGAGCAAGACCUUCUACAAGCCUGACUGGUUUGACAUUGUGGGCUCCGAAGUCAAGUGCUGCAAAGAGGCUGUGUGUGUCAUCGACAUGUCCUCCUUCACCAAGUUUGAACUCACUUCUACAGGUGACGAGGCUCUGGAGCUGCUGCAGCGCCUGUGUGCUAACGACCUGGACGUGCCCGUGGGCCACAUCGUCCACACGGGCAUGCUGAACGAGAGGGGCGGCUACGAGAACGACUGCAGCGUGGUCCGCGUCAAGAAGAACAGUUUCUUCAUCAUCUCCCCCACAGAUCAGCAGGUUCACUGUUGGGCGUGGCUGAAGAAACACAUGCCCAACGACCCACAGCUCCACCUAGAGGACGUCAGCUGGAAGUACACAGCGCUAAAUCUGAUCGGGCCGAGAGCGAUGGAUGUCUUGUCUGAGUUGUCCUACGUUUCCAUGACUCCCGAUCAUUUCCCCUCUUUGUUCUGUAAGGAAAUGAGCGUUGGCUAUGCCAACGGGAUUAGAGUGAUGAGCAUGACCCACACUGGAGAGCCUGGCUUUAUGCUCUACAUACCUAUCGAGUACGCACUCCAUGUGUACAACGAGGUGAUGUCGGUGGGUCAGAAGUACGGCAUUCGCAACGCGGGCUACUACGCCCUGCGUAGCCUGCGCAUUGAGAAGUUUUUUGCCUUCUGGGGGCAGGACUUGGAUCCCUUCACCACCCCUCUGGAGUGCGGCCGUGAGUUCAGGGUCAAGUUCGACAAGGAUAUAGACUUCAUCGGCCGAGAGGCCCUGCUAGCGCAGCGCCAGGAGGGCGUGUCUCGCCGUUUCCUCAUGCUGGUUCUGGAGGACCAUGACACAGAGCUGGACCUGUGGCCCUGGUGGGGCGAGCCCGUCUACCGCGACGGCCAGCUGGUCGGCACUACCACCAGCUCCGCCUACAGCUACACCCUGGAGCGCCACGUCUGCCUAGGCUUCGUCUCGCCGCCCCUGGGCCCCGAAGGUGCCCCGGCCGCCAUCACGCCGGACUUCAUCAACCGCGGCGACUACGAGGUGGACAUCGCAGGACAGCGGUACCCGGCCAAGGCCAAGCUGUACCCCUUCAGUUCCCUGUUCGCCCAGCAGAGGCGCCGCAAGGACGAGAUGGAGCUGAGCAACUUCCAGGGGAAGUGAUGAGGGAGGUGGUGGUGUUGUGUGAGCUGGAAUUCAGAUGAAAGGUGUGUGUGUGUGUUUGUGUGUGGGACGUAAGGGUUGAGAAUGUCCCCCUCUACCUCCAGUCUACUCCCUAGUGCCCCCAGCCCAGGCAGUCCCCUGGACCUUCCUGCACCCAGUGCCAAUAUCUUUCUCCUGGCCCAGAGCUCCUUCUGUGGGGGGCAUGCACAGCCUGUCUCCAUACCUUUCCAGUCACCCACCACAAUUCAUCUUUCUUUAAGUGCAAUAUCUGAUAGACACCAAAUGCUACAAUGUUGAGAGGCUGUCAGUUAAGUCUCAUCUUUACUCCAUUUACGUAUUCAAAUGUGAAUGGUUUACCAUCAGUGCUGCACGGCAGCUGCCCAUCGGAAAAGCGAAAAACAAGCAAAAACAAACAUUCGACAUGUCCCAGUCACUGUGGAGAUCAGCAGCAUCUUCUCUCCCCCUGUAACCAAUGGGCUGCUUUGUUCUCACUUGACAGCAUGGCCCGAGUGUACCUGCGCUUGUACUGUAACAUGCUUGUGACAGAACUUAUGAGUGUUCUGUGUGAUACCUUUGUCUUACAUGUGCUGUCAUCCUGUUGGUGUUGAACCGCCAUGUUGUCUGAAAGAGAUGAGUAAAUUAAUGAGCUGUGUAAUGUGAAAUAGUUUGGCAAUUGGUAAUUAACAGCUGUUCUGCCCAUUGUUCUUAUUGGUGGAAAAUGCUGCAUAUAGUACCUUUUUUGUCCAAUGGACUGACUCAUUAUUGUCCUGUCCCUGGUGUGGCUGGUGUCAGUGUUCUCUAGGGGUCUGUAUGGGUGUGUGGAAGGAAGGGUUCAUGUUAAAUGCUUAAAUAAAGGGAUGUAUUUUUGUAUAGGCAAAGUGUACAAAACCUCCUUUUAUAUUUUAGGCACAAAUGCACAUCUUUUUGACGUGUUCCAUUUUGUAUUAGUUUUAGAUGGAACAAGGCUCAAUAGUGUACAGAACAACAGAAUCAUAGCAAUGCUUCUCUUGCCUUUCUUUGUGCUGUAUUAGUCAUUGCAUCGAGGAACCGUUUGGGGUAAUUUUCUGUCAGCAAAGUGCUCCAAUUCAGAUUGUAUGGCUUAACACAUUACACUGGGAAAGGAGUGAAAGAGAGCGGAGGUGAAAGUCAGUGAAAGCGUUUUGGUCUUUGGGGAUGAGCUCUCCGUGAGGCCCUGUCUGUAGGUAACUAGGUGGUGCAGUGUUUGGUGUGAAGAAGCCAGAGACUGUGUUUGUGUGUACGUGUUAUCAGUUUUAGUCAUUAAGCACUUUAUCAGCUGCCUUUUCUGUCUGAUGUCAAUUUUUAACUGUGGCAAAGCCUGCCCAAGAAACGUAUUCAAAAGAAUAACAAAAAGGCAGUUGAAUUGAAAAUGGGUCUAGUGUUGAACAGGGUUGUUUUUUUGGCAAAUGAUACAGUUUAGGCUUCAUACAGCUUGGGGUUGUGUUUAUAUCACCUGCCUAAAUACUAUUUUCAAUGGUACAUAUUCAGUUAACAAAAUUGUUGUUUGAUUUUGUUUGUUUGCUUAGUCAUGUAGUCCUAUGUAUGUUAAGAACCAAAGAGCAUACAUUAUUCUAGAUUAACUACCCAGACUGUAAGAUUACUACAUAUAUACUACAUGAUAUGUACUGAUAGAAGGGAUGACACUGAACUUAAACGUUUUUGAACCUGGGCUAGCCGGGGAGGGUGGACUUUAUUAUUAUUUUCAUUGUUCAAAAACACCAGGGUCUGACCAGACCAAAUCUUGACUCAGACCAGUGACCUGGAUCCAAACACACACAAAGCAUGUAGAGAAUACAGACAGUAUCUGCACUGCCUAGUCUGACCCCAGUAAAGAGGUACAGUCGCCCUAUUGGGGGGGGGCUUUCCUCAAGACUUGUGCAUGGCUGCUUCAUGCUAUUAUGUGACGACAUAGCAUAGUAUAUCUUAUCAGUUUUGAAUGUGUUUACUACACCUGUUUUAAGUUUUUUGAAAAUGACCUAUGAUACUGAUGUUACGGCUGACCCCCCACACUGUAAAGUUUGAAGCACUGCUGUUGCAGCCAUUUGGUAUAGUGUUGCGAUGAACUACGUUUAAAAUAACUCCACAUGCAAUCUAGAUAUAUUGACAUAUUUGUUUCACCAGAAAAAAAUGAUAUUGACAGAAAUGUGCCUUCAACUUUGAGUAAGAUACCCCAGCAGAAAAUGUACUAAAAAAAUCUUCCUGGCGAAUUUGUAUCUACA